UUGGCAGACGCAUUUACAUUUAACACGUGAAACUAAUUUUAUUAUUUUAUUUUAUUUAUGGUCUUUUAAAAAGUCCACCCAUUUGAUCAGAGUUUUUAUUUUUUUUUACCAAUGAGUUCGUUUUGCGUUUCUUUCUUACUAAUAACCCUUUUAGGGGUUGUGAUGACCUAUAAGGAUCUUUCGUACAAGUGCAAACUGAACCCUAGAUCUUAUGGAUUUUGUAAAAUCCAGGCUCGAGGAUUUUCUUAUGAUCGUUAUAGGAAAUUAUGCCAUCGAAAUGUUCUUCGGUGUAUGGGAACGGAUAAUUUUUUCUUUGACCAAGAGUCCUGCGAAGAAGCAUGCUUAAAGCCAAAAACUAUUUAACACAAAUGUUUUGUGCAUACUUCAAAGAUUUAAAGGUAAUAAUGAAUAAAGAAUAAAUGAAUUACAAAUACAUACAAAUUGGUGUUAAAUAAAAAUGUAGAAAUAAAAUCGACAAUACAGUCUCUCAAUAUUAA